UGGUGAGAGAGAGAGAGAGAGAGGAGAGAGAGAGAGAGUGUGACAUUGGACAGCGGAGGCAGACGGAGAGAGAGGGAGUCGUUAGCCACAUUGCCGCUGCUGUCUUCAUGUUGUUCCUCGGGACCAGACGGUGCGGAGGGGGGGUUAGUGUGAGCCAUGUGACCCCCGCUGUCAGGACCAGGUUAUAACGGAGACCUCCGCCCAGGGGAGGCUAGUGCGAGCGGGCAUCGUGACGAGACCCGCCGACCUGCUGGAGGCUGCCGGGUGGAGAAGACCCCCCGCUGUUUAUCGACCCCACACAGCCCGCCACCGUCCCGCCGGACCGCCGCGGCCCCCGACGCGGGCCCCAGGAUGAAGUUCACGGAGCAUCUGUCGGCGCACAUCACGCCGGAGUGGAGGAAGCAGUACAUCCAGUAUGAGGCUUUUAAAGAGAUGCUGUACGCUGCCCAGGACCAGGCGCCAUCUAUCGAAGUUACUGAUGAAGAUACGGUGAAGCGGUAUUACGCCAAGUUUGAGGAGAAGUUCUUCCAGACCUGCGAGAAGGAGCUGGCCAAGAUAAACACCUUCUACUCUGAGAAGCUGGCUGAGGCCCAGCGCCGCUUCGCCACGCUGCAGAAUGAGCUGCAGUCCUCAUUGGACGCCCUGCGGGAGAGCUCCGCCCAGGGGCGUGGCCUUAGGCAGAGGAAGACGGUGUUCGCCCUGUCGCAGCAGGAGAGGUGUAAGCACCGCAACAUCAAGGACCUGCAGCUGGCCUUCAGCGAGUUCUACCUCAGCCUCAUACUGCUGCAGAACUACCAGAACCUGAACUUCACAGGUUUCCGGAAGAUCCUGAAGAAGCAUGACAAGAUCCUGGACACGUCGCGGGGGGCCGACUGGAGGGUCACGCACGUGGAGGUGGCCCCCUUCUACACCUGCAAGAAGAUCACCCAGCUCAUCUCUGAGACCGAGGCGCUGGUAACCACAGAGCUGGAGGGGGGGGACAGACAGAAAGCCAUGAAGAGGCUGAGGGUCCCACCUCUGGGUGCUGCACAGCCCGCCCCUGCCUGGACCACCUUCAGAGUGGGCCUCUACUGCGGAGUCUUCCUGGUCCUCAUGGUUACCGUGGUGAUCACAGGCGCGGUGGUGAUGCGUGACGCUAACGUCUGGCCGCUGGUCAGGAUCUACAGAGGAGGCUUCCUGUUAAUAGAGUUCCUCUUCCUGUUAGGUAUCAACACCUACGGCUGGCGACAGGCUGGGGUCAAUCACGUCCUCAUCUUUGAGCUGAACCCCAGGAACAACCUGUCUCACCAGCACCUGUUUGAGAUUGCGGGCCUGCUGGGGGUUCUGUGGUGCGUCAGCCUGCUGUGCUGCCUGUUCAGCAGCAGCAUCCUGGUGCCCAUGCAGCUCAACCCCCUGGCGCUCUACGGCUUCUUCCUCCUCUUCCUCAUCAACCCCUUCAAGACCUGCUACUACAAGUCCCGCUUCUGGCUGCUCAAACUACUGUUCCGGGUGGUGACGGCUCCGUUCCACCGGGUGGAGUUCGCAGACUUCUGGCUGGCGGACCAGCUCAACUCCCUGGUGGUGGUGCUGAUGGACCUGGAGUACAUGGUCUGCUUCUACAGCUUCGAGCUCAACUGGCACCUCCCCGACGGCCUGGUCCGCCCCGGGGAGCCGGGCCGCAUGCCUUGCCACUCGUACUCGUACGGGGUGCGGGCGGUCAUCCAGUGCCUGCCCGCCUGGUUCCGCUUCAUCCAGUGUCUGCGGCGCUACAGAGACACCAAGCGGGCCUUCCCCCACCUGGCCAACGCAGGGAAGUACUCUACCACCUUCUUCGUGGUCAUCUUCUCCGCCCUGUACAGCACUCACAAAGCCAAGCAGCCGGCCGAGGCCCAGGUGUUCCUCUACCUGCUGAUUGGCUGCUCGGUGGUCAGCUCUUGCUACACGCUGAUCUGGGACCUGAAGAUGGACUGGGGCCUCCUGGAGCGCAGCGCAGGGGAGAACCCCCUCCUACGCGAGGAGAUCGUUUACCCCCAGAAGGCCUACUACUACAGUGCUAUAGUAGAGGAUGUGCUGUUGAGGUUCUCCUGGACGCUCACCCUCUCCUUGACGACCUUCUGUGACUUCCCAGGUCUCUCUGACAUCCUAGCAACAGUCCUGGCGCCGCUGGAGGUGUUCCGGCGGUUCGUAUGGAACUUCUUCCGGCUGGAGAACGAGCACCUGAACAACUGCGGUGAGUUCCGCGCGGUGCGUGACAUCAGCGUGGCCCCGCUCAACGCCGACGACCAGACGCUGCUGGAGCAGAUGAUGGACCAGGAGGACGGCGUCCGCAACCGGCAGGGCAAGAGGAACUGGAAGAGGAGCUACAGCGUCAGCCUGCGCCGGCCCCGCCUCGCCUCCCAGUCCAAGACCCGGGACACCAAGGUCCUCAUCGAGGACACAGACGAGGACUCCUGACAUCAGGCCACGCCCCUCGUCUGGGUCCACAACCUCUUCAAGAGCUCCGCCUCCUGAAGAGCAGACGAGCGGCGUGUUGGAGCGGCUCCAACAGACUCUAGCGGGGUCUCUAUCCCCCCCUACCCUCUAGAGAACGAGACCACACCCCCCUGGGGGUGGGCCAAGCUGAGAACACACCCCCUGAGACCACACACCCCUUUGGGGGCAAACUGAGACCACACCCCCCUGAGACCACACACCCUUGUGGGGGGGGCAAACUGAGACCACACCCCCCUUUGGGGGGGGGGAACUGAGACCACACCCCUUUUGGGGGGCAAACUGAGACCUCACCCCCUGAGACCACACACCCCUUUUGGGGGGCAACCUGAGACCACACCCCCCUGGAGGGGGGACUGAGACCACAGCCCCUUGGUGGGGCCAAACCGAGACCACACCCCCUGGAUGGGCAGUUGACCCCGUCAUGUCCUUCUUCCUCCUCCUCCUCCUCUUCCUGUUCCCUUCAGACCAGGAGGUCCCGAACCGCCAAGCUGAUGACCUCCCCUCGCCAACCAUCAACAGGGGACCCCCCACCCCCGUUCCAAUCCCCUCCCCUGGGGUCUGGCUCUUCUCCAGGCUUCACAUUCAAUCGGGCUCCUCCCAUUGGUGGGCCAGGACCCUGAAAGACACGCCCCCUCUUUCCACCCUAACUAACAUGAUUGGCCGGUCCACGGGUGUCACAUAGAUGCCUACCUGCACAGCACACGCUAUAGACACACACGCACGCACACACACACACACACACACACACAAACUUUGACACACACACACACACACACACACACACACACACACACACACACACACACACACACACACACACACACACACACACACACACACACGGUGGCUCUGCAUCAGAACUUGCGGUUCUGCUUUCAGGAACCUUGGGUAGAAAUGUUGUAAAUAAACAAACCAAUCAGGAGAGCCCCAGUAGUGACUCCAAUGUUCCGGCUUGUACACAAACUCUCUGAACUGAACUCUGCUCCUAAGUUGAAGGCCUGGGGUGAAGAUGAUGAUGAAGACCUUGCCCUGAGAGGUCAAAGGUCAAAGUGUUGAAUGUACCAGGUCAUUGUGUGUGUAUAAGAUAGAGUUAAUGAGCUUGUUUUAUUUAUAUAUGUAAGGCUCGCUCUGACUGGCUAGGAUCAAUACUCUCAUGCAUUCCACCAAUCUCACGGCCCGACUGGUGUGGUGGGCAGGGCUUCCAGCCUUACACUGGGUCGCCAAGUGUGGUUGGAGUCGACCAAUCAAGUUUAUACUCCUCAAGCUAUGUGUACACACACACGCACACACACCAGCAUAGCUUUCCUUAGCGCUGCUGUAGCUAGCUCCUGGCAUCUCCAUGAAGCAUCACUGAAGACAUUCCAUGACACAAACACACACACACACACGCCUCCUACUUAUUUCUUUAUAUUUUCUUACUUUGGAGAGCUGCUCAUGAGUUAGCUCGUGUGUUAGCGUCAUGAGCUAGCGCCAGGCUAGCUGGGAGCUCACCGUGUUGAGAUGUUGUCUCGGUUCCUUAUGUUGAGUCACUCAAACGUAUCUGUUGUCUGUUCCUCAUGUCUGCAGUCGGUGACCAACCGACGCCACUAAUGACGACUAAUAAAAAAACUGCUUCUAGGAGAUUCGGAUUGGAUGAACCCGGCCAGCAGGCCCCGCCUCUCCCCUGUGAUUGGUUCCUGUGAGCGGUGAUGUUUUGUCUGCUGGGGUCAUUAGGGUCGCUGACCUCGUCUGAUGGAGGAGAACAUUAUGCUGUUAAAUGACCGUUACAUAUAAAGAUGUUAACUAAAAACGUUUAAGUCUUGCGACAAAAGUCUGCACUAAUGUCGUAUUUUCCGCUAGGAAAGCCUAGAUGAUGUUAAGGCCCCAGAUGUUACAUAAGGCACUCUGUUAAAGUGACUCAGAGGACCAGAGUGUUUAAUGAGGUCCUGUCUGUCUGGUAACUCCCUCAGGGUUCUCUGGGCUAACCAUGAGCACUAGCAACUCUACCGCGCUCUCCGAUUGGUGAGAGACGGUGAUUGCAUUACCCUGUACAGCCUGCAUACCAAUAUACACCUCUGACCCCA